AGACGGCGCCGAGGAGUCGCCGCCCCGGUCCCGCCGCCGGGCCAGUACCCCGAGGCCGCGGCCGCAGCGCCGAGUUCUCUCGCAUGGGGUGCUGACAGCCAUGGAGGGCUACCGGGGCUUCCUGGGGCUGCUGGUGUCUGCGCUGCUCGUGGGCUUCCUGUCCGUGAUCUUCGUGCUCGUCUGGGUCCUGCACUUCCGAGAGGGGCUUGGCUGGGACGGCGGCGCGCUCGAGUUUAACUGGCACCCGGUGCUCGCGGUGACCGGCUUCGUCUUCAUCCAGGGCAUUGCCAUCAUCGUGUACAGAUUGCCAUGGACCUGGAAGUGCAGCAAGCUCCUAAUGAAAUCCAUCCAUGCGGGGUUAAAUGCUGUGGCUGCCAUCCUCGCCAUCAUCUCCGUAGUGGCCGUGUUUGAUUACCACAAUGUCCGAAAUGUCCCCCAUAUGUACAGUCUGCACAGCUGGGUUGGACUGACGGCUGUCAUUCUUUACGUCCAACAGCUUGUCCUAGGCUUUUUGAUCUUUCUGCUCCCAUGGGCUCCGCUGUCUCUCCGGGCAGUCGUCAUGCCCAUACAUGUGUAUUCUGGACUUCUCCUCUUUGGAACAGUGAUUGCAACAGUCCUCAUGGGAGUGACAGAGAAGCUGUUUUUUGCCCUGAAAAAUCCUUCAUACCAUUCAUUCCCACCAGAGGGGGUUUUCACAAAUACCCUGGGCCUUCUGAUUCUGGUUUUUGGAGCCCUCAUCUUCUGGAUUGUCACCAGACCACAGUGGAAACGUCCCAGAGAACCCGGCACUAUCCUUCUUCAGCCAAACGGAGGCACGGAGGGGAUGGAAGGCGCCAUAGCAAUAAGUUCCAGCCACAGCCCAGACUCAGCAGAUGCAGAGUUAAGCAGCGAGGGGGCAGCCAGGAAAAGAACCCUCGGCCUUGAUGAUGCUGGCCAGAGAUCCACCAUGUGAAAUGUACAGCCAUGUACCUUCUCUCCCAAAGCCAGCCCUACAAUUCAGCUUUUCCUGCCUAGCCAUAGGUGACUUGGGUUCAUAGUGCCAAUGUAUGUGGUCACCAGGGAGGAUUUCCUGAGAGCGACUGUAUCGUGAGGCCUGUGAACUUACCAAAUGUAAAGGACAUGAUCAAUGUAAGUUGUGAUUGUUUCCUCUGUAUUCUUGAGGAUCCGAGCAUCGGACACACCUGCCAGUGGCUUUGUUUGCUGAGCUAACAGCACCCUUGGCUUCUUGCUAUGCUCCAUUAAUUCUGGGAGUCCAGCAAUUUCAGAACAAGGUAGAACCAGUCCUAACUUUUAAAAUAAGAUCACAGAUACCUGGAAUAAUGUUUGAACCCUUAUGCCACACAACUACUGUGAGUAAAACUGUUGGGGGGAGUGGCACUUUAGGAAAAUAAUUAAUUCCCUUUUCCCCAUGGUGGCUCUCUGUUCCCUCUCCAGCUAAUUUGGGCUCACCUGGGCCCUGAACAUGAGAGUAUUCAUGAGGGUAUUAUGGAGCAGUUGCUGGAUCAAAGACAGCUAAAGAGAUCUCUGGUUAGACCUGGAAGAUUUUCUUAUACUCAGCCCAGUGCCUAGACUUCCAGGAACUGGUCACUUCACAGUUCAGCUGAACCUCUUGCAAUGCAAACACGCCUGAGCUCAAGUCAAAAGAACCUCUCUGCAUCCACACACCGUGACGAACACUUUCCAUCAAGUUUCUGUUUUACUUUCCAAAGUGCUGCCUUGGCUCUUACUAUGUGCAAGCCACUCUCCUACUAGGCACUCUACGGUCUCCAGACAGAUGUUGUAGACAGGUAUUGCUACUAGCUCCCUUUUUAGGGGAAAGAUCUGAAGCUUGGAAAGGUUAGUAACUUGGCCCAACAUCACAUAACUCUUAAGCUGAUGGAACUGACAUUCAAACCCUGGCAGUCUGGCUCCUCUGUCCGUGAUCCUACAUUUCACUAUGCUCCUUUCCCAUUUACACUACUUGGCAGCACUGUGCUCCACCCCUGAAUAAAGUCACUGAGAGGAGUUGUUACAGGACACUGCCUUACCCUUGGUCCACUUCCAAGGGGACCCUUUAGAGAGUGGGAAAGGCGCCAUAAAGUUUUAGCCAAAAACCUUGGGGCCUCAGCCACUAUGAACAAGCCAGAGCCUGCCUCGAUGCCCUUUUAAUCUUAACAGGGCAUCUAUCUGUCUUGCUGACAGGAAGACCUAGGCUAGGACACGCACAGCCUUCAAGAUUAAGUCAUUACAGUGCAGGUUCCUCACAGUCUCAGCUGCUGUCCUUUCCUGGGGCCAUAGGCAGGUUCUUUCCUGAGUUUUGUGGAAUUUGGAGUUCUUAGUAGAGAACUGAAUUCAGAGAUGAUGAUAUUUGAUGUGAUUAGACUUGUCUCAGCUCUGAGCUCUGAGGGAAACCUGCGGUAGUAACUACAGAAACGAUGCCUCAUGGAGAUUGGUAUAUUUUUAUUUCUGCUCUACCUUCUGAUUGUGACACUUGGGCAUGGAUGUGUGAGCUUGUAGUUCAGGCUGCUUGAGAAACUGAUAUCCAAGGGUCAGUUCAAAGCCAGCCUGGGCAACAUAGUGAACCCUUCUCUUGGGUUCUCUAGAAACCCAAGUUGGCCCCCCUCUUCCUGUUCUGAAGGUGAUCUUGAACAUGUGGCCUUGCCUUCACUUCCCAAAUGCUGGGUUACAGGCAUGUGCAGGCCACAAGUUACCAUGUCUUAGCACAGCUCUGUCUUUCAAGUAAAAUAUAAAGAUAAAGCAAAGUACAAGAAUUUUAAUAUGGAGAAAAAAACUUGUAGUUUACAGUAAAAUAUACGUUACUUCAUAGUGAAAAUCCUUUUAGGUAAAAUGAUCAUUUUCAUAGCCGGGUGUGAUGGCACACACCUUUGAUUCCAGCACUUGGAGGCAAAGGCAGGUGGAUCUCUGAGUUCAAGACCAGCCUUGUCUACAGAACGAGUUUCAGGACAGACAGGGCUGUUACACAGAGAAACCCUGUCUCAAAAACAAAAUAAAACAAAACAAAAAUAUGGUUAUUUCCAAAGACCACGUACAACUCAGUCUAUCAGAGCUCUUAAACUUCAGAAUUCCCUCAAUGCGUCAUUGCUUUCUUCUUAAUUAAUUCUAUUUCCAAAACUGGUUAACAGCAUCAGAAGGACUAUGAGUGACCAACCCAAGGUCACUCCAGCUAGAUGAAGAGUUCGGGCCAGCCUGGGAUACAUGAUACCUUUUUCAGAAGUCCAAUAAAUAAAUAAAGUUCAUAUGUGUGCUAAGUAGGAGUAAUUACAUGCUUACACAAAGCAGUUUGCUAAAUGAUGAUUCACCAUAAAGAGCUGGGUCAGAUCCUGGGGUUAUUUUGGUGGGGGGAGAAUGGGAGGCUCGUAACUGAGCCCCAAGAAUCAUGGCUGCCUUUCCUUUCCUUGAAGGCCCCCAGAGGCUAUCAGUGCAAGGCUAAUUACGAGGCACUAGAAUAGCUCCACUGCAAGUAUUAGAGCACCCCUCAUCUCAGCCCCUAUUUCCUCUCAAGUGGGCUAAUGUGAGGGUAAUAUUAUAGGCACCACUUUCCUUUCUUCUCCAGCUUUUAUGAAAGGAUACAUAGCACAAUAUAUCGAAAAGAUCUUUCUAUUUGAGACUCUUCUUUUAAUGGGCUCUUUAUUCCAAUGAUAAUUAUACCUUUAUCUUUCAAAAGCUGAUGUUUCCUACCUAAAGCAUCUCCCCCCAAAAAUAUCACAUUAAAAAGUCUGCAAAGAAUAGAGGAGAAGAAAGCCUUGGGUAUCAAUUCCAAACAGUGAUUGAAACCUCCCAAAAUAAUUAUAGCUUAUAUCCUCUACAGAGAUUAUCUGGCUUGGCUUACCCCAUAAUCUAAUUUCAGGGAAGAAAGCUUUAUUUCACCACUGAUCUACGUCGACAUGAAAGCCUUCUCUUUCCCAGGGCUUGGCGAGAAAUCCAAAUGAAUAUACUAUAUUGAAUUAAUGUCAUCAAAAGUGUACAGCUUUCCUGUGCUUCUGUCAAACAGAGCCUGUUCUCCACAGCACUGUCUUCCCGUUAGCAGUGGGGUUUUCUUUGAAUCUGUGCACUUAGAAUGGAAUGAUAGAUUAAGGCAAGCAUACUUUUUAAGGUCUGGUGACAAGUAGUUUCUGUUUUCUAAAGGACAACAGCGUAAAUUGUAUGUCUCAUGUUAAUUAGGCUUUCUUCCCUGCGGAGCUGGAAGCCUCAGUGCACACGCACUGACCUCGGCUACACAUAGAAAACACAAAGGAGGAAUUCGUGUCUUAUGCCAAUUUUAGUUGUAAUAUGAUAGAAUAUUUAGCUUUAGAUGUCCAUCUUUCUUUCUUCUUUUUUGAUAACUCCAACAGGAAAUUUCUAUAACUUCUAGGUCUAAUAAGAAUGCAGAGGAGAAAAUGGCUGUUCCUUGUUUAUGCUAGCUACCUGAACACUUUAAGUGCGAAAUAAUGUUAUCUAUAAAUUUGUCUUUUCAUCUCAGUAUGUUGAUGGAAAAGUAUUAUCUUGACUAUUUUAUAAUUUUGUAGGGAAUAUAUGUAUCUAUUUUUCUCGACCUUUAAUCUAGCAAUAAAAAGUGACUUGUAAGCUU